CUACCUGCCAACAAGACGGUGGCCCUGGGCAGCAACGUGGAGUUUGUCUGCAAGGUCUACAGUGACCCCCAGCCCCACAUCCAGUGGCUGAAGCACAUUGAGGUGAACGGCAGCAGCUACGGUCCCGAUGGGGUCCCCUAUGUGCAAGUGCUGAAGACUGCAGACAUCAACAGCUCCGAGGUGGAGGUGCUGUACCUGCGCAAUGUCUCUGUGGAGGAUGCUGGCGAGUACACCUGCCUGGCAGGGAACUCCAUCGGCCUCUCCUACCAGUCUGCCUGGCUCACCGUCCUGCCAGAAGAGGAGCUGGUGCGGGAAGCUGAAGCCCCCGAGGCCAAGUACACGGACAUCAUCAUCUACACCUCGGGCUCACUGGCCGUGGCCAUGGCCGUCAUCAUCGUGGUGCUGUGCCGGAUGCAGACUCAGUCGAGCAAGCAGCCCCUGGAGCCCAUGGCGGUCCACAAGCUCUCCAAAUUCCCACUCAUCCGACAGUUCUCCCUGGACUCCAGCUCCUCCGGGAAGUCCAGCACAUCCCUGAUGCGCGUCACCCGUCUCUCCUCUAGCUGUGCCCCGAUGCUGGCUGGGGUCAUGGAGCUGGACCUGCCCCUCGACGCCAAGUGGGAGUUCCCCCGAGACAAGCUGGUGCUGGGCAAGCCCCUGGGGGAAGGCUGCUUUGGCCAGGUGGUGCGGGCAGAGGCUUACGGCAUCGACAGAGACCGGCCGGACAGAUCUGUCACCGUGGCUGUCAAAAUGCUGAAAGACAACGCCACUGACAAGGACUUGGCUGACCUCAUAUCUGAGAUGGAGAUGAUGAAGCUCAUGGACAAGCACAAGAACAUCAUCAACCUCCUGGGAGUCUGCACGCAGGAUGGGCCGCUGUACGUGAUUGUGGAGUUUGCUGCGAAGGGCAACCUGCGUGAGUACCUCCGGGCCCGCCGCCCCCCAACACCUGACUACGCUUUUGACAUCGCGGUGAUGCCCGAGGAGCAGCUCUCCUUCAAGGACCUGGUCUCGUGCGUCUACCAGGUGGCCCGUGGCAUGGAGUACCUGGAGUCC